AUGAACACGCAGCACCAUGUGAUGCGCGGAGUCGCAGCGCAGACCUGGAAGAACAGCAGACUCGAUUAUGUCCUGACCCCCAUGGGCUGGGGUGCUAGAGGAUGGGCUUCUCCAGGCAGGAGCUUUGACCUGCUCAAUUCACAUGAAGAUCACACUGCUGUCAUCAUCAACUGCAGUGUUCCCCCCGCCGGUCGCGUACAGUGUCCGCCGUCGAGGCGCACCUUUCGGGGCCUGCCUCCAGAGAUGUAUGCGGAGGCAAUGCACCAAGCGGCACAGUUGGAGGUGCCUUGGGGGCAAAAUGUGCACCAACAUGCAGAGCUUGUGCUGGACCGCGCCAGACGGUGCCUGCAGGAGGGCGCUGCUUCUUUGCCGGCGCAGCCUAAGAAACAACACAUUAGCGCCGAGGCCCUGACGCUGGUCAAGCAGAAGCGGACGGCCGUGAAACAGUCCGCGACGGCCAACCGCAAACUCCUCAUGGCCCAGCGAAAGUUCCAGCUCCGCAGAUUCUUCAACAGACCGCGCGCGGAAGGACCGGUGCGCAUAGCAAGACAGGUUGCUGCCAUCUGGCAACAUGUGGUUGAACUGGCCAACCUGAAUCUCAGGCGCCAGCUGCGCCAUGACAGGGCCACCUAUCUCACCGAAGUCGCGGCGAAGAUCGAGCAAGGAGUUCUGAGUAAGAACUCCCAGGAGGUCUACCAGGCGCUUAGGUUCUUCCGCCCAGCGUCGAAGCGUGUACACAAGCCUUGGGGGCCGCUGCCCAUGCUCGAGCGCCCCGACGGCAGCAUGGCGGAGACCUUCUUUCAGGCUCAAGAAGUGAAAGCGAGCUACUUCGGAGAUCUGGAAGCGGCCGUUCCUCUGGCGCCAGAGAAAAUUGCUGGCCUGGCGUCGGCCUCUCCCUGCAUGGACACCUUUACGCUCAGCGAAGUGCCUACGCUUCUCGACUUGGAAGGUGGACUCAGAGAUCUGCCCAGACGGAAAGGUCCUGGUGCCUCAGGAUUGCCAAACGAGGUCUGGCUGGCAGGCACAGUGACGGCGGCCCGCACAUGGAUGCCGGUACUCCUCAAGUGCCAAGUGCGCCUCACUGAACCGCUCCGCUUUUCCACAAGCUUGAUGGCCACUCUCUACAAAGGCAAAGGCACUGUCUUUGAUGUAGCCAAUCAUCGCUCAAUUUAUCUAAUGGAAGGUGUAGGCAAAGCCAUCAGAAAGCUACACCGCCCUCCACUCGUUCAGUCCCUGCAAUCCCACAAGCCGGGGCUGAUGCAGGGUAGCACUCCACAUAGUGCCUCAGACCAGCUCACGCACUACCUUAUCACUCUGGCUCUUUUGGCCAAGCAGCAAGGAGCAUGCUGCGCGCUUCUGUUUGUGGAUGCGAGAUCCGCUUUCUACCGAGUGUUGCGGGAACGGCUCACCGGCAUGCCUACGUCGGACGAAGAGCUAUGCAGCAUCCUUAGCCAACUGGGUGUGUCCGAUGGCGCCUUUCGAGGGGUUAUGGCAUGGAUCACCGGGGAUUCCCUCAUGCAAGGGGUACCUGCACAUGUGCGAAGAGUUGUGGCCUCCUGGUUCGACUCGUCAUGUUUCGUCCUGAGGGGCCUGCCUCAGGCCUUCCAGUCAAGGGCCGGCACCAGGCCGGGGGAUGCUAUGGCUGACAUUCUGUUCGCAUUUGUCCUGUGUGACGCCAUGGUGGAGAUCAGCACCACCUUGGAAGCUGCGGGGCUGCUCGAGAGCCCAGCGACGGCGCCUCUGCAGCAUCCGACUUGGGCGGAUGAUGUGUGCUUGCCGGUCUUCUCCAGGACCGCAUGGCAGUGCGGCUGCGAAGCAAGGGUGCGAGUUGUGCCCCAGCUUGAUGACCCUUUCGCUCUGUCGGUGGUGCCACGCUAUGUCCACCUGGCCACUGUACUCAGCACUGCAAUGAAUCCCAAGGCGGACUUUGCGGUAAAACUGGCCCAUGGCAUCCAGGCGGCCGCACCUGUCGCACGAAAGGUUCUACGGAACAAGGCGAUCCCUUUGAAAGGAAGAGCCGAAAUCCUCUCUUCGAUCGCCCUGUCGGCAGCAACGCACAAUACUGGGGUUUGGGUGCCCACUGACCCAGCCCUGGAAAAGUGGACCCAAGGCAUCACGUCCAUGUAUCGCAUGCUGCUCCCAGAGGAUAGAUGGGGUCAUCACCCGGAUUUUCCGGGCCCUGCUGAGCUCAGUGGAGCUCUCCUGCUUCCUAUGCCUGCUGCAUUACUUGUGGCAGAAAGGAUCAGACACUUCCUGCGGAUUGUACGUGAUGACAACCGUUUUCUCUGGGAGUUGUUGUGCAUGCAUGCUGAGCUGUCUGAGGAUGCGUGGCUCAGACAGGUGCAUAAGGAUUUGGGCUUUGUGGCCGAGUGGGCACCGGAGAUCCUCAGACCAGAAGUGGUUAAGGCUGCAUGCGGCAGUUAUGAGGAGUUGCUCGCCUUGGCUACUGCCAAGGCUCCUUGUGUCACGAGGGCAUUGAAGCAGGCAAUCCGCCAGCACACAGCCAAACUGCAGCAGUGGGCCACCUUCCAGCUCAGGGCAAGAAAGCUCGGCCUUAGACCUCCACCACAGGUGCCUACUGGCGCAAAACAUCCCUGCUGGAUGUGUGAUCAAGUGUUUCCCUCCACAUCCCACCUUGCUGCGCACAUCCAAACUGUCCACGAGUACUCGCAGCUCGCGCGCCAGUACACCGGGGGUUGCACCACAUGUAGGGCCUGCCUCAAGAACUUCUGGGAUUCGGACAGAUUGUUGCGGCACCUUGCACGUUCGAACACCGGUUGUCUGCCCUUUCUGUUGGCGGUGGUUCCACCGACGGAUGCGCAUGAAUGGGUGCCGGACGCUGGGCCGGCAACUCACUGGCCUCCUGUAAGGGCUUCGGGCCCGCUCAGGCCCUUCACGCAGGAAGAUGCGGCCAGCCUGUACGCUAGGCUUUUUGAGCUCGAGCAGUGGGAGGUCCAAGCUCUCAUGCCUAGCCUUGAGAAAUUCGACGCAGUCGCAUUUGAUGUUGCCAAUGUACUUUGCGAUGUCAGAGUCUCUGACAGAGCGGCAGUUCGGUGUACAGAUUUUCUUCCGAACGGAACGGCUCUGAUUGACUCCUGGCUCCAAAU